AUGGCCACCGCAGGUGACACCCAGCUCUUCGACGAAAACAUUGAAAUCAAUGGACUCGACGACAAGAAAUACGACCGUGUCUGUCGACUUUCUGGCACUUCUUUAGACGGUUCAAUUGCUAUCAAGCUUGACAUUAAUUCACAAAUAUACCCAUGCGCGGUUGGCGAUCAAAUCCGAGUAGUUCUUGCGACAAGCUUGAGUUUAGAUGGUAGUAAGGAUGAUGGCAAGGGAUGGAGGGAUAUUGCAAGGUCGGAUGCGGAAUCCACGAUGGCUGAUAUGUUCGACUAUGUCUGCCAUGGCAAGAUCUACAAGUUUGAGGAUGUGGAAAAUGGCGAUUCGAUAAAAUGUUUCAUAUCAUUUGGUGGACUUCUUAUGGCUAUCGAAGGGCCAUUUAAGAAGCUCACUUCACUGCGAGUUGAUUAUGUAUAUCUUCUCAUGAAGAAAUAG